CUCGUUACUGUAUCUGGAGAUGAGAAAACUCUGUCUCUCCUCAGCAACCUCUGUGGAUAACAACAAACAGAUUGCUGGUUGGAGCUCCUCGGGAAAAGGCCUUUCCAUCCCAACAAGCCAACAGAACAGGUGGAUUGUACAGCUGUGACAUCGCAUCUCCAAAUACACGCUGCACACGUGUUGUAUUUGAUGAGGAGACGGACCCGAAGAUGGAGAGUAAAGAAGACCAAUGGAUGGGUGUAACUGUCCAAAGUCAGGGGCCAGGAGGAAACGUGGUGACAUGCGCACAUCGCUAUGAGAAAAGGCAGUAUGUAAACACAGUGCAGGAAACCCGGGAUAUCAUUGGAAGGUGCUAUGUGCUGAGCCAGGAUCUCACUAUUAAGGAUGAUAUGGAUAAUGGAGUAUGGAGCUUCUGUGAUGGUCGUUUAAGAGGCCAUGAGAAGUUUGGUUCCUGUCAGCAAGGUGUUGCUGCUACUUUUACUAGAGACUAUCACUAUAUUGUGUUUGGUGCCCCAGGCACUUACAAUUGGAAAGGGGUGGUUCGUGCAGAGCAAAAGAAUCAGACAUUUUAUGAUCUGGGUAUCUUUGAUGAUGGGCCUUACGAAGUUGGUGAUGAGAGCCGCCAAGAUAAGAAUCUAGUUCCUGUUCCAGCUAACAGUUACUUAGGUUUCUCUUUGGACUCUGGUAAAGGAAUUGUCUCCCAAGAUGAGAUGACUUUUGUGUCUGGUGCCCCAAGAGCCAACCACAGCGGAGCAGUUGUUUUACUGAAGAAAGAGAAAAAUCAGAGAGCACUUUCACUCGAGCACAUGUUUGAAGGAGAAGGGCUGGCCUCUUCUUUCGGCUAUGAUGUUGCUGUUGUGGAUCUCAACAAUGACGGAUGGCAAGACAUUGUUGUUGGAGCCCCCCAGUAUUUUGACAGAAGUGGAGAUAUUGGUGGUGCUGUGUACAUCUACAUUAACCAGCAAGGCAAAUGGGAAGGAGUAAAACCUAUUCGCUUAAAUGGAACCACUGACUCCAUGUUUGGCCUGGCAGUUGAAAAUGUUGGGGACAUUAAUCAGGAUGGAUAUCCCGAUAUUGCAGUAGGGGCUCCGUACGAUGGGUUUGGCAAAGUAUACAUUUAUCAUGGAUCCAAGAAUGGAAUAAAUACAAAACCAGCACAGAUUCUUGAUGGUGAAAAAACAGGCACCAGUUUCUUUGGUUACUCUAUUGCUGGAAACAUGGACCUGGAUAAAAAUGCCUACCCUGAUGUUGCUGUUGGUUCCCUUUCGGAUUCUGUAUCUGUCUUCAGAUCUCGGCCUGUGAUAAGCAUUAGAAGAAGCAUUACAGUACAGCCUGACAGAAUUGAUCUAAAGAAAAAGAACCCUGAGGACCGUAGUGAAAUAUGGAUGGAUGUGAAAGCAUGUUUUCAAUAUACUGCAAACCCCAGUGAUUUAAAUCCAAGAAUAAAGAUCAACUAUACAUUUGAAGCAGAAAAUGAGAGGAGGCAGCUAGGCCUGCCGUCUAGAGUACGGUUUAAGGACCACCUGUCUGAUCAGUUUACUGCAAGUACAACCCUAAGGGGACAGAACUCAAAAGAGUGUGUGACAACCAAGCUUGUACUGCAGGAAAAAAUUAAAGAUAAGCUACGCCCCAUUCCAAUAUCAGUCAGUGUUAAAAUUGCUGGCCUGGAGUCUAGUUCACCGUCCACAAGAAAAGAGAGAGCACUUCCAGAUCUUAUACCAAUUCUAAAUUCAAAUGAAUCUGAAACAAAGACCACAAAAGUGGAGUUCUUAAAAGAAGGAUGUGGAGAAGACAAUAAAUGUCACAGCAAUCUGAAACUUCAGUACCGGUUUUGCACUAGAGAAGGAAAUGAAGACAGGUUUACUUAUUUACCACUUGAAAAUGGCAUGCCAGUGCUUGUUCUGAAAGAUCAGAAAGAUAUUGCCCUGGAGAUAACGGUGACAAACAAUCCAUCUGAUGCAAAAAAUCCCCAAAAAGAUGGUGAAGAUGCAUAUGAAGCCAAACUAAUAGCAACUUUUCCAGACAGUCUGACAUAUUCUGCGUUCAGGGAGAUGAGGGGUUAUCCUGUAAGUAUUUUUAAAGAGAAAAGAUACUCAAUUUUAAAAUAUUUUCAGCAUAUAUUUAUUUUUAAAUGUAUUCUGUUUAAUCAGGAAAAACAGCUAACAUGUGGUGCUAACCAAAAUGGCUCUCAAGCAGAGUGCGAACUUGGAAAUCCUUUCAAAAGAAAUUCUAAUGUAACCUUUUAUCUGAUCUUAAGUACCACUAAAGUUAAUGUUGAUACAACAGACUUGGACAUUAAUCUGAAGUUGGAAACAACAAGCACUCAAGUUAAUUCGACUCCAAUUACAGCUAGUGCUAAAGUGGUUCUUGAAUUGCUUUUAUCACUCACUGGAGUUGCUAAGCCUUCUCAGGUAUAUUUUGGAGGUAACAUCAUUGGUGAGAGUGCUAUGAAAUCUGAAGAUAAUAUUGGAAACCUCAUAGAGUAUGAAUUCAGAGUAACUAACUUGGGCAGACCACUGAAAACAUUUGGUACUGCUUCCCUGGACAUCCAGUGGCCAAAAGAAAUUAGUAAUGGCAAGUGGCUGCUUUAUUUGAUGAAAAUAGAUUCCAAAGGCUUGGAAAAAGUCUCCUGUCAACCUGAGAAUGAAAUCAAUAGUUUGCAUGUUGCGGAAUCCCAUGACUCAAGAAGGAAACGUGAGGUUGCAGAGAAGCAGAUUACAGACAGCAAAACAUUUUCUUUUUUCUCAGAAAGAAAAUACAAGACCUUGGACUGCAAUGUGAAUGCACGCUGUGUGGACAUAAAAUGUCCCCUGAAGGGUUUAGACAGCAAGGCAUCUAUUGUGCUGCGUUCCAGAUUGUGGAACAGUACUUUCUUAGAAGAAUACUCCAAAAUGAACUACCUGGACAUUCUUGUUAGGGCUUCGAUCAGUGUUCCUGCUGCAGCUAAGAAUGUUAAACUCACAAAUGAAGUUGCUCAGGUGCGUGUUACUGUCUUUCCUGCAAAACCAGUAGCACUUUAUACAGGAGUACCUUGGUGGAUCAUCUCUGUGGCCAUUUUUGCUGGAAUACUGAUGCUUGCACUGUUGGUAUUCUUACUAUGGAAGUGUGGUUUCUUCAAGAGAAAUAAGAAAGAUCAUUACGAUGCCACAUAUCACAAGGCUGAGAUCCAUGCUCAGCCAUCUGAUAAAGAAAGGCUUACUUCUGAUGCAUAGUAUUGAUCUACUUCUGUAAUUGGUAAUUGAUGAUAUUUUUUAAUUUUUAGCUGUGGCACUUGCUAUGGUUGCGGUGGCUAACUAUGAAGCUUUUACUGCAUAUGUUCUAUUAACUUUUGGAUUUCAAACUAUUGUACUUGCUUGCUCAUUCUGUCAAUAGAUUUUCAGCUUUUGGUGCACGUGAACAAACAAGUGUUUAUCUUGGUCUAAAAAGCUUGUUUAUUUCUCUAGAAAAUGUUGAUCCAUGGCAAUGGUUUUUAGUCUUUUUUUUUUUAAUUUAUGUUUUAACAGUACAAGUAAGUUUUUAAGCUUGAGAGAUGGUAAUCCAACACUGCAGAGUUGAGAUUUAAAGCUAAGACUAUGUGGACAAUAGAUAAACUUGCUUUACUAACCUUCUGUGCAUGCUAAAAGGUACAUGUUGCUUAUAAUGAAAGGGGUUUUCAUAAUGAGAAUUUAAUUUGCUGUGGAACCAUCUGUUUUCCUUCAAUUCUAAGGUAUACUUUUCUAGGAAUGUACUUUCCUCUGCUGAAGCUACUAGAUGCACGAUGCUUCUAGCAACCUUUACUCAACUUAAGAUGUUACAUGCAUGUACAUUAUAUUAAGUGAUGCUUGGGAUGAGGGGGUGGGGAGGAAUUCUUAACUAAAAUACAUCAGAACGGUGCUUAAUGAAAAACUAAGAGAUGGCUAAAGAUUUGGUCUAUGCCUCAAUGCAAUUUUUUAAAAAUUGAGUUCCAUGUAAGUUUUAUUAUUUAAAAACCAACCAACCAACCAACAACAAAAAACUCACCACCUCAAAUACUAUGAACAAAAUCUUGCCCCUUUAAUCUUUUUUUUUCUAGUAGUAUCUAAUGAGAGCUGGAUGGCACAAUGUCUCUUAACCUUAAUCUUGACAUCAGUGACCCAUAAGCAUGUAAAGUUGAGUGUCUACCAAUCAUCAUCGUUGUAAUGCUGUGGCCAUAACUACAUUUUGUUUUGAGGAAUGGACUGAAAUUAAUUUUCAAUAUUUAAAAUCUGUUUUUACAGUGGCUUUGAAUAAAAAAAAUUGCAGGGCACAAAUAAGCUGUACUAGAUUUCAUCUAGGGAGACUUGUCGUGGCACAUUACAAAACUCGCAAGUUAAUGUCUGUUUUAUUUAUCCCAUGGCAAACUAAGCAAGUCUCAUGUUCUAAUGCUGCAUAUGUGUGUGUUAGUUCAGGUGACUACAGUUGAGAUGUGGUGCUUGGGAAAACAAGGCCCUACUGUAACUUUUCUUGAAGGUCCUGGAAAUCUUUCUGUAGGUUUUUAAAGGUAAAUCAUGUCACCAUACAGAAAGAUACUGAAGUACAUACCUACCUUUGACACAGAAGCAAGCUUUCCUGAACUUUAUCUACUUCUUUGUGUAGCAUUAAAUUCUCUCAUUAUAUGAAUGAAUAGCUUUAUAAGAUGACUUAAGAAUUGUAAAACAAAUUUAGAAAGUUAGUGGAGGGAGGGAAUAUUUUUAAGGUAUUAGAUUACCACCAGAUUGUCAGACUGCCAUUUGUCUUCAACUGGUGCUGGAACAACUAAUGUAGACCUGCUGGCUCACAUUUUUACAGCUAAGUACACUACAUUUUUGGCCUACAUAUGUUUGUUUUCAAUUU